UUUAUUCUCUAUUAGCUGCUGAGUGUAGCUUUGUGCUUCUUCGUGUUUCUUGCUCCAUCUUCUUCCUGCUGCUUCUGCAUUUUAGUGAGUUCUCUUCCUGCUUCUUCUAUAGUCUUGUCUUGGCCUCUUGUUGCAGCUUCCAUAGAUUGUCUCUCUUCAUGGUGCUUCUUGCAGCUAGUUUCUUGCAUUCCAGCUGGUGGCUUCGUGCUUUUCUUAUAUUGUUUCUCUCCAGUUUCUUGCCAUUCUUCCAUUCCAGCUGGAGGAACAUGGAGAAUCUAUCUAGUCAUGACACCAAAAAUACGAAAUCUAGAAGAGGUAGAAAAGGUGCUACACAGCUUACUAAAUUGGUCCAAAUACGUGGAGGCAAGAAGAUCCACAUUGAUUUAGAUGAGAGAGGGGAGCCAAUUGAUAGGGGAAAAGGAAACUUGUUUAAGAGUUUUGUUGGACUUACUGCGCGUCAAAAGAUCAGCAUUUUGGAAAAUGAGUGGGAUGAUGUGAAAGAAAGUGAUAGAGAUGAAGUUUGGAAUACUAUACUGUUUACAUAUGACAUACCUGACAAUAAAUUUCUGAAGAAAAAGUGGCUCUCGUAUGCUGGAGGCAUGGAAGGACUUCAAGUCAAAACUUACAAGAAAGUACGUGUUUUCACAGGAUAAAGACAAAGAAAAGGAUGAUGGUGGCGGUAAAAAUAACUCGGUGAAGUAUCCAUUUAUUGAUUAUGGUACAUGGACGAAGUUUGUUGAGAUUAGACAACAUGCUGAUUUUUUGGUAAGCGGAAUAUGACUAUGAUAUCAAAAUAAUAAUUUUUAAAAUUUUAUUUAUAUCAAAUAUUUUUCAUUGUUUGCUUAAAAGGAAAAAAGUCAAAAAGGUAAACAACGCCGAAAGAAAAACCAAUGCAAUCAUACUCUUUCUCGGGGAGGAUAUGCAUUACUUUAUAAUGUAUGAAGAGAAGUGAAAAGUUAAAAGAAAGAAGCAGGAGUUGAUGAUAUUAAUGCAGUUUUUCUCCUCCAUCUCCUAUUAAUCGUGCUUCAAGCAUGGAAGAGAGCACGAAUGAAUAAGAAAAGGGGAGUUUGUUACUAAGGAAGCUAGAGAAGUAGCAGUGAAAAUUGAUUCUCUAGUAAAAGAAGCUGCUCAGGGUACCUUUGUUACCUACAAUUAGGAAGGAUAUAUUAACCACAACAUUGGGAACAGAAGAGCACCCUGGCCGUGUUAGAGGGGUGCAAAGAGGUGUGGGUAUUAGAGAAUACUUUGGACCACCACAGCCCCCUUUUAGCCGUAGAUCAGAAGGUGCAUCACUGGAACAUGUGCAAAUGAUGAUAAAGGAAGCAAUAAAGAAAGUCGAGUCAGAGGCAGAGUCACGGGUAAAAGAGUUAGAGCAGAAGAUUAUGGAAAUGCAGGCAACGAUCAAGGGGUUCACUUCGAUGCAAAUGCACAAGUCUCUCGCAGAACAACCUCCCAUUGCGGUGUUCCUGAGCCAACAGAGCAAUUGAAUGAAUCUUUGGGUUCAAAUUCCCAGCAAGCAAAUUAGCCUGAUGCCCAACCAAUGUGAGAUUGCUUGAAACAAUUGGCUUUAGUGGCUGUUGACUUGAAUGAAAUAACUGGAUUGGAUUUGAGCAGAGAUUGUGGGGCAAUCUUUUACUUUAAGCAUUGCCAAGAUUGAUCUCAUUGUUCUCCAUUGGUUGGACUUAUUAAUAGUUCAAUUUUUUAAUUUUGUAAGUAUUUAUUUUUAUUUCUAGGGUUAAAGUGUAAAUCUGUUGGUACAAAAUUCUACAAGAACCUACUAGUAUUUAUGAAUUCUGAAAAAUAGUGUAAAGCUUCCAAUUUGCUAUAUCAGUGGCCAAACGUCUAUUAAGGAUUGUGGUUGUACCUACUAUGCCAUGUGCAAAUAGGUUAGGGAAAAAUAUUCGUAAUGUAAUAUAUUAUGGUUUUAAUUUUA